AUGGCUUCUGCAGAGCCCCUGACGGCACUGUCGCGCUGGUACCUGUAUGCCAUCCAUGGCUACUUCUGCGAGGUGAUGUUCACGGCAGCCUGGGAGUUCGUGGUGAACUUUAACUGGAAGUUCCCGGGGGUUACCAGUGUGUGGGCCCUCUUCAUCUAUGGCACCUCCAUCCUCAUCGUGGAACGCAUGUAUCUGCGCCUGCGGGGCCGCUGCCCCCUGCUGGUGCGCUGCCUCAUCUACACGUUCUGGACCUACCUGUGGGAGUUCACCACCGGCUUCAUCCUGCGCCAGUUCAACGCCUGCCCCUGGGACUACUCCCAGUUCGACUUUGACUUCAUGGGCCUCAUCACCCUGGAGUACGCUGUGCCCUGGUUUUGUGGGGCCCUCAUCGUGGAGCAGUUCAUCAUCCGCAACACCCUCCGCCUGCGCUUUGACAAGGACGCCGAGCCUGGGGAGCCUGGUGGCCCCGUCGCCCUGGCCAAUGGCCACGUCAAGACUGACUGA